AGUCCGUUAGUUGGUUAUUUUAGCCGGCAGCAACAGCGGCAGCUGUGGCGGAGACGCCUCCGCUCUCCCUGAGCCGUUGAACCCCACCCACCACCACCACCGCCGCCACCACCAUGGCGUCCGCGUCGCGGCUGCUGCCGCCGCCGGCGCCCUCCCCGUUCCACCACGCCCACGCCCAGGCGACGCCCCUCCCGUCGCCCGCCGCCCGCCAGACCCAUCCGCGGCGGCGCCUCCGCGGGUGCCGCUUCGCAGCCGCCGCGGCCACCGCCACCGCCACCGGUGGAGACGGAGCGCUGGUGCUGGAGGGGGGCGGCCCCGGCGGCGCCGCCGGGGUGGCCGUGCGGGAGUUCGUGACGCUCGACGAGCUCCGCGCCGCCGUGCGCCUCCGCAUCCGCACGUUCUACGAGUACGCCACCGACUCCUACGGCGCCGAGGAUCUCAGAAAAUCUCUGGCAGACCGGGAGUAUGAAGCAUUGCAAGAUCGAAUUUCUGGGAAGAUGAUCAAUUUUCAAAGAGUUUCAUGUAUAAAUGGGACAGUCCCACUGCUGCCUUCCUUGGCAUCGGCAGAGGAGCUUUGCUCUACAUGUAAGUUUAUGGAAGAUGGAGAAGAAAGAAUUGUAGUUGGUAGUUUAGACCUUAAUCAGUGUCUUUGGCUGCCAGAUGAACUCACUGGAAAGAGGCCUGGGGUAAAUGAAUCCAGCCAUACAAGGGCUUAUCUGAGCAAUGUUUGUGUUGCUAAGGAGCUUCAAAGAAAUGGAUUGGGUUAUGCAUUGGUUGAUAAGUCUAAGAAACUGGCUCGUGAAUGGGGUAUAACUGAUUUGUAUGUGCAUGUUGCCAUCAACAAUGAAGCAGCACAGAAGUUGUAUAACAAAUGUGGAUUUGUGUAUGAGAGUGAGGAGCCUGCAUGGAAGGCUAGGUUCCUUGGGCGGCCUCGAAGGCUGCUUCUGUGGCUCGAUAUGAAGAAAGACCAUGUGUGAUUUUACGUGUAAAUAUCAUUGUUUAUAGUUAUGUCCUUCCCAUAAUAUAUAUUAAUUCAUAUAUUGUUUUUCACUUCCUGAUGUCAAAUUGAUUAAGAAAAGUGACUGAUGUCAAAGUGAAAUGAUCCCUUCUCUCUUUCUCGUGUGUUGUUUGCUUGUUCUGCACAAGCUACUCAGUUCGUUCAGAUUCUAGAGUACAACUCCUGUUCUUUGAGCAAUCGGACCAGAACAGAAUUAUGGACUAUGAAGAAAGUACAAAGCUAUGAUAAUUUGCAAGGAUCAAAUAUUACU